GUGAGAGAGAGAGACAGGGAGAAGGAGUGUGUGUGUGUGUGUGUGUGUGUGUGUGUGUACAUGGCGAGUUUCUUCAGGAGAAGUGUCUCCUCACAGUUAGUGAGGGUGUGUGGAGGGAGUGAGGAGCUGUUCAUCCCGCUGCUGUCCGUCCCGCCCGUGUCCAAGAGACAGUUGACCCCUGACCUCCAGUUGAGUGUGAGUGCGCUGCUCCAGAGUGGAGUCGUGUCAGCGGGACACGACCUGCUGGGACACACCGAGCGUCUCGCCGCGCAGCUGAGAGCGGACAGUGUGAUAGAGGACGUGAGCGCGGCCCGAGGAGUCAUCACCUUCAGGGUCAACAAACUGCUGCUGGCACAGAAGGUUUUGUCGGAGCUCAGUGAGGAUCCUCAGGCGUUCGGUGUGAAGAGUGACCUUCUGAGAGCACUGCCCAGAGGGAGGACGCUGGUGGAAUACAGCUCUCCAAACAUCGCCAAGAAAUUCCACGCUGGACACCUCAGGUCCACCAUCAUCGGUCACUUCAUCGCUAACUUGAAGCAGGCUUUGGGAAUUGAUGUCAUCCGCGUUAAUUAUUUGGGCGACUGGGGCAUGCAGUUUGGCCUGUUGGGGGCGGGGUUUCAGCGUCUGGGCUCCCAGGACAAGCUGAAGGAGAACGCCCUGCAGCACCUGUUUGAGGUGUAUGUCCAGGUGAAUCAGGAGGCGGAGCUUGACGAGAGUGUUAGAUGGGAUGCGGCGGAGUUCUUCAGACGACUGGAGCAGCGUGACGAGCAGGCGCUGUUGCUAUGGAAACAGUUCAGAGAGAUCACAGUGCAGGAGUACAGGAGGAUCUAUCAGAGGUUGGGUGUACACUUUGAUCAUUACUCGGGUGAAUCGUUCCAUCAGAGUAAAACUCAGGAGGUGGUUACUGACCUGCGGACAUGCGGCUUGCUGAAGACCACAGAGAAGGGAACAGGCGUGGUGGAUCUGAGUGAACAGGGCGACAUGUCGUCUUACUCCACUGUAGUGCGCAGUGACGGGACCUCACUCUACAUCACCAGGGACAUUGCUGCGGCUCUGGAACGCAAACAGAUGUUCGGCUUUGAUGAGAUGAUCUAUGUGACAGAUAAGAGUCAGUCUGCACACUUCCGGCAGCUCUUCAGGAUCCUGGGGCUGAUGGGACACGACUGGGCUGACAGGUGUGUUCACGUGCCGUUCGGUCUGGUGAAGGGGAUGAGUACGCGGCGGGGCGACGUGGUGUUUCUGGAGGACGUGAUCGACGAGGCACGAAACAGAAUGUUACACAAAAUGAAACAGUCCAAGACAACUAAAGUUGUGUGUGAUCCAGAGCUGACAGCAGAUCAGAUAGGAAUCAGCGCUCUCAUCAUCCAGGACUUUAAAGGUCCCCUGAUAGCAGACUAUGUGUUUGAUUGGGAGCGAGUGUUACAGGCUCAGGGAGACACCGGGGUCUUUCUACAGUACACACACGCUCGGCUGCGCAGUUUGUUGAGGACACAGGGAGACGAGACCCACACACACUUCGAUGCGUCUCACCUGCAGGACCCGCGGAGCAUUUCCAUCCUGCAGCACUUAAUGAGGUACGAUGAGGUUCUGCUUCAGUCAACACUCGAGCUACAGCCGCGCUACCUCGUCACCUUCCUGCUCACGCUGUGUCACCUGGUGUCCUCAGCACACAGAGACUUACCUGUGAAAGGAAGCCCUACAGAUGUGGCUCAGGCCAGGCUCCGCCUCUUCGCCGGCUCAUGCUCCGUCCUGGCCAAUGGGAUGAAGAUCCUGGGUCUGACCCCGGUGGAGAAAAUGUGAAUGUGUGUGUGUAGUGAAACUCACCCCUCCCCCACUGUGCAAAUAAAGAUCACACACACAGA